AUGGAAGAUAAUGAGAAUAUAGAGGCAAAAAUAGUUCAGGUGUGUUCCGGAUUGGUUGACUUCAUACCCAUAGAGCAAAUGAAAGAUAGAAAAGUUGCAGUUUUGGCUAACUUGAAGGCGUCCAAGCAGAGGGGAGUUAAAUCAGAAGCCAUGUUGUUGGCAGCAGAGAAGGGUUUCGGCAGCGAUGCUGAAUUGAGUGACGGAAAGGUUGAAUUGAUCAAUCCGCCUUGGAACGCCAGGGUCGGGCAGAAAUUAUAUUUCGCUCACUUUGUAUUAGACGAAUUUCCUUCAAAGUUGAAAAGUAAGGCAUGGCAAGAGAUACAGAAACACUUGAAAACGACUGCCACCGGUGAGGCUGCGUACGUGACAGACGAAGGUGAAGAGUGCCUCUUGAAGACCAUUGACGCAUCAGAAAGUGCCUUCGCAGAUACUUUGACCGAUGCGAUAAUACGUUAA